GACACGGUCGCCGCCGCGGACCUGGCCGCGUAUCGCGCGAACCUUGAGCAGGAGGUGGCCCGCAUCGCUGAGGAGCUGGCGGCAGAACGUUCUGUGCAGGAGGCGGCCGAGUUGCGCGCCGCUGAUGAGGAACUGCGCGCCAUUGAAGCGCAGCUUGAAGCCGAUGAGGCCCGCAGCGCCGCCGCUCCCGAGGCUCUCGACCAGGAGUUGACCGAGCGUGUCCGCGCUGAGGAGGUUGAGGCCCAGCGCGCCGCCGCUGCUGAGGCCCAGCGCGCCGCCUCUGCUGAGGCGCAGCUCGCCGCCGAAGCUGAGGCGCGCCAGCGCGGAGCGCGGGCGGCCCAGCACGCAGCCGCUGCCGCAGUUGCAGCUGCUGAAGUUGAGUCGGUCCACGAGAGCGAUCAUGAUGAUGACGGCUCAGGUCCAGAGGUGGAGCUCUUCAAGGGCAUGACGAAGACGCGCAGCGAGCCUGAUGACGACAUGACCGCGGGCCAGACCCUCGAGGAUUCCGUAGUCGAGCUGGACUUCCAGCGAUUCCGUGAGCGAGCCAGUGCCCUGCAGGGCGCCUGUGACGACAUCGAUGAGACGGCGCCCGAGCUAGCCACAGUGCCCGCGGCCCCCGAGGACAUCAAGAGGGCGUUGAAGCGCCCCGCUUCGCGUCCGAGCCAGAACCGCUCGACCUAUCCAACGGCGUCGUCGGCCGCCGACGCCACCGCGAAGCCGCUGCCAGGAGUCUCCUCCAAGGCAGCAGGGGCGCCGCCGAUCUCAGGGUGGCGCGACGUCAGCGCCGCCAUGCAUCCGUCAGCCGCGGCUCACGGGACGGGCCCGCUGCCUCUGCCGCCAGCGAAGCUCGCUGAUGAGGAUGGCAGCCUGCGUGCAGGGCCAGCGGGCGCUACCCCGACGGCCCCCCCAACGUUUGGCGCCGCGGAGCCUGGCGAGGAACAUGUGCCCUCCGUCUUGGAGACGGUCAACAAGUCGAUGAAUGCCCUGGCGAAGCGCGUGGCGCAGAUGGAGGCCACCAAGGCGAAGGCCGACAUCCCAGAGACCGUGGCGCGCGCCAUGGAGAAGCUGGAGCGGGCAGUGAGGGAUGGCGUCAAGGCGAGGUCUGACAUAUACCAGCAGUUUGGCAGGUGGUUGGUGCAACAACAGAAGGACGCGGUCUUCGCUGACAACUGGGAGAAGAAAUCGUUCGAGGAGAAGAAGCUCUUUCGGAACGACUGGGCAAGCAUGAAGCUCACCGAGUUGAAGAGGCAGUGGAUCCACGUUCACGCCUACAAGAUGGUGGACGAGUCCGUGGGCGUCUACUACAGCUUCUCGAGAAUCGCAGUGGACCGCAGG